UUGACAUUUGACAGAUUAAAAUGUCAAGUUGUCUUUUGUCUAUUCUUUCUUUUUAGUUGUCAAAAUAAGCGAAAAGGUAGUAGUGGCUCAAGAUGUUGAUGCCCAAGCAAAAUCGCGUUGAUAUUUAUGAGUACCUUUUCAAGGAAGGUGUUAUGGUAGCCAAAAAGGACUACCAUGCACCCAAACACCCGGAUCUGGAGAAGAUUCCCAACCUGCAAGUUAUCAAAGCUAUGCAGUCCCUCAAAUCUAGAGGUUAUGUUAAGGAACAGUUUGCCUGGAGACAUUUCUACUGGUAUUUGACCAAUGAGGGUAUUGAAUACUUGAGGAUCUUCCUUCACCUGCCCCCUGAAAUCGUGCCUGCUACCCUGAAGAGGUCAGGCCGCACAGAGGCAGCCCGCCGCGGCGCCGGAGGCCGUCCCGACGCCCCCGCUCGCACAGCCGAGGACAGAUCUGCAUACAGACGUGCUCCAACUGCACCCGGCGGUGCCCACGACAAGAAGGCUGAUGUCGGACCUGGCUCAGCUGAAGUUGAAUUCAGAGGAGGUUUCGGACGAGGCAGGCCAGCACCCUAAGUUAAAAUAAAUUCAUAUAAAA